AUGCCCGUGGCCUCACACUCGCAUCCUUCAAGUUUCUUCUCUGUCAUGCAACUUACUACUGGUUUGAGGCCCGAGAAGGGCUCUCUCCAGGGGGUUAGCAAGGUUGCCCUGACUGGCGAACGAGUCUACAUCCACGCUGCCUUCCACGAGUCCCUAAACGCUAAGCGCGUCAUCAUCCAGUCCCAUUGCACGGGCACCAAGAAGACGGCCGCCAACGUCGGCACCCGGCUGCAGCAGUACUUCAAGUCGACGUCGUCGAGCACAAAGACCACCGUCGCCGGCGUCUUUGGCUAUGCCACCGCCCUCCUCGGCAGCACGUCGAGCGGCGCCGGCCGGAUCUCCACCUCUUGUGGAGCUGUAGUCUACCCUAGCUGCACCUCUCAGCUCGCACUCGGCAGCGUUCCGGCGCCCACGACGAGAAGCAGAAGCAAAACUUCCUUCUCCGAGAAGUCCAUUUGGGCCGUCUAG